CUCUCUCUCUCUCUCUCUCUCUCUCUCUCACUCACUCUCUUCGAACUCCCCUCUUGAUUCUCGAACGGCCCCCUAGUCGAAGACUUCGUCUGGCGUCUGGCGGCAGUUGGGAGCGAGACGCCGACACGAUAUACGACGAGUAUUUUUGUCCCGAAUUUGUCGAACUCCGGAAUGCAAUUUAAUUUUUCAUUAACGUGUUUCUCAUGUUAUUGUACAUAGACAAUUUUAUGAAGUUAAAAACCUGCAGUCUCUUGAUAUAAAUAAUUAUCGCUAUCGGGUUAAACGAGAUAGGGUUUGGAGAACGAGAAUGUGCCGGCUGAUGUAGAGAUGACGCACGAAGGAUAGAGAAAGAUCGAUGAAUCCAAAAAGCAAAAAGUUGAUUGUAUUCGGCUUAAAGCCUGUCAACGUCAUCAUCAUAUUCACAAAGAACAAGUGACGAUGAGCGAUAAUUUGUACGUGUUUGCGGGCGAUCGUUCAAUGCGCAAGAAGGAAUCGCGAGAAUUGUAAGAUCGAAGUACAUCGAGCUUGCUUCCAGCGUCCUUCUUCCCAUUCAGGCACGUCGCAUUCAUCCGGCGCAGCGGCGGCAACAGCAGCCGGUACGCACGCAUACCCAUAUACUCAUACACAUUUAUAUAUACACAUCUAUAUAUAUAUGUAUAUGCAUAUAUAUAUAUGCGAAUAGUCGGGAGAAGAAAGCGCGUGCGGUUCGUGUUUUGUCCUUUAACGAGUGUUGUUUUCUUCGGGAUAUCCGCGGUUUCAGAAGAAGAAAACAUAGUGGAUACUACAUAGUGAUCGCCAAUGCAUUCUUCCUGAUUCCGAGGUGGACCAGCGAAAGAUAAGAACGAGAAGGAACUACGAGAUGACGUGAUACGCCAAUGGAAGAGGAAUGCCGGCGUAUUAACGCGGAUCCGUUCCUCUUCCCUUGAUAACGGAGGUCGUCAUCGAGUGUCACGGGAUGCGACCCGGGCACCCCGGGACGUCUUCUGGACGGAUUCGAAAGGCUGACGAUCUCUCGACCAGGCUGAUCCUGACGGUCACGAUCGAUUCAUUUCUCUAUAUUUUUCAUUUGGUUCUCAGAGGAAGAGGACACGGUUAAAUUCACAGAGAAAGAUACGGAAAUUCAACAAUCCAGUAUCGUCCAGGUGUUGAUUGGAAAGACAUCUCGGGAAAACCAACAGGAUGACAACGAGACAGAGUUGUGGCGGCAGUUCAUCAAAAUGCGCGAGGCGUGCCUUCGUCUUCGUGUUCGCCUGGGGACUGUUGAUGAUCGCGGCAGUACAGUUUCGUCACUUGGAAAACAGAGUUUUGCGUCAGGACAGUGGUCCCACGGCUGAGGACGGUAUCGGUAACCUGGUGGAGAUCGGUAGCAUCAACAACGAUCGAGGUGCGAACCGAGAUUCUUCAGGGAGCUUGAGUCUAUCUCGAAUUCUCUUGGAAAGGUCGUCACUGAGCGAUUUCACCAACGUUGGCGGCGGUAACGGCGCUCUGUUGACCACUCUAACUACUCUUAAAAACCAUUUGGAAACGAUAAAUCCGCUCGAGCUGGAACCGUUGCUAGAUAAAAGACCUGCCAAGACCGAACAGCAAUUAAUCGAGGAGAUCGCCGAAAGAAUACCGAGCUUACCACUGAGCGAUUGGUCCAAAAAUAGCAAACUGACAAAACGGAGCAAUGAGAGCUGCGCCAAAUACCCACAGAUCUACGAUUUAGAAUUCAAUAACAUUUAUUGGCAAACGCUGCGAACUAAUAAUGGCACGUUUCAAUUUUUCGGUGCGUUUUACGACAAUCGGAAAUUAUCCAAGAUUGGGCCGGCAAUUAGGAUCGUUGGUAUGAUCGAUCGGAUUGAACCAAUUGUGAAGACGUAUUGUCAAUUAUGGUACGAAGGCGAGAAUGAGCCCAAGAUUGUCGAGACGCUCGAAUACAAGUAUAUAUGGUAUCCUAAAUGGGGCAAUUACAAGCAAGGCAUUUAUCAGCCAUACGUGAUAGCAUGUAGGGUGCCACCACAAGCGCACGGUAAGCCACCGUCGUCCGUCUCCAUAGUGGAGAAGCGUUGCGACACGGCCACCAACCAUCUCCGCGUAAUUUAUAACAAGCCCGAACGUAAAAAGGACUUCGCAGUGUGCGUAAAGGGUCUGGACUUUCUGCAUGAGGAUCUAUCGGUUCGACUGGUUGAAUGGAUCGAGCUGAUCAAUCUGUUGGGUGCUGACAAAAUCUACUUUUACGAACUGCAGGUGCACCCGAACGUGACCAAGGUGCUGCGGCAUUAUCAGCGUCUGGGUAUGGUACAUGUGACCCCAUUAACCUUGCCGGGCGGACAGCCUAACGUACCCGCCUUCCAGCACAUGUAUCUCACGAAGAAAACCAAUCACAAGCGGCAGAAUGAACUAAUACCUUACAACGAUUGUUUGUAUAAGCACAUGUAUGAGUACGAGUAUAUCGCACUGUUGGAUGUCGACGAAGUGAUUAUGCCCGUGAAGGACGCGACCUGGCAAGAGCUGAUGCGCCGGGUAUUGCCCAAGGCCCUACAAAUACGGAACGAGACCCGUGCUUCGUACAACGUCAGAAACGUCUACUUCCUCGACGACCUACUGCACUCUCAUGGUUACUUCAAGGACAUACCCAAGUAUAUGCACAUGCUUCAACACGUGUACCGCUCGAAGAACUUUACGAAACCAAAUCAAUACAUCAAGUGCUUCCAUAAUCCAGAACGAGUGGUCACUCUGCACAACCAUUUUCCCCUGGCAUGUCUGGGUGCUGGAUGCACCAGUUAUCCCAUUGAGACCGAGGAUGCGCAACUACAGCAUUAUCGCGCCGAUUGCGUGCGAUCAUUAAAGAAAACAUGCGUGGAAUAUCGGGAGAAUAGUGUGGUAGACACGACGAUAUGGCGUUACAAGGAUAAGCUGAUCAACAGAGUCACCGACACUCUGAAAACUCUCGGCUUCUUUGGGUCGAGAUAGCGUCAGAGAUUGAUCUCCCCCCUUUUUUUUUUUACUUUCGUUUCUCUCUCUCGUGAAGAUUUGAUCGGUUGAGAAGCGAUGAAUCUAUCAGCGGGAGGUAAUUGCCGGUGGGACUUGAUCAGAGAUUUAAUUGAACAGAUAAUAGGGAUUGGUGUAACCGAUAAAGUUGAUUCAUUUCUAGUGACAGCGUAAUAUCGCGUCUUUUAUUUUUAUGUGUUGUUGCGUGCGUGAGAAGAGCGUGGAUCGAUAACCUUUGUCUGAUGAUAGUGCUGUUAGUAUAUAUAUAUAUAUAUAUAUAAGUACAUAGGUCGUGUCUUGAGCGACAAAAUAUUCUCCUUAUUAAAUAAGGUUAUCAAUCAAGAAUAUUAUUGAGCCCGGAACAAUUGAUCGUUUGUGAGAAUUAAUUUAAUAUAGAAUUCAUUAUAUCGCCUAAAGUAAAGUAGCGUAUAUAAAAAACGGGAUUUAAUUUUUUAAGUUUUUUAAGCACGCACAGUUUUUUUUAUCAAAGUUGAUUCAAUUCUAAUAAAAAAAAUUAUCGAAAUCCAUAUUUCAAGUCUUAGCUGAAUAAAGUCGCAAGCAAUUUAUGAUGCGAAAUUACUAUAGUCAAUUUAUGCCAGUCCUAUUAACACGAUAAUUUUCAGGCAUCCGUUAGCCCGCGAAAUGAAAAUUAUCUCUAGGCUGAGCGGUAAUUGCAGUUUGAUUCGUAUCGACAACGAUACACAAAUUUUUUAUUCGAAUGGCAAAUUGAGUGACCGGAUUACAUUCAUAAGAAAACUGCAGUAUUCUUUUUCUUCCUUUUUUGUAAAUAAUUUCUCUCAUAUAAGUUUUACAUAUGCUCAAUAUGAAAUAUCAGUUUGCGAUUGAUCGAUAGCCAUAGUGAAUAAGUGCAAUGUGUUAGUAAACAGGUUACAUUUGGAUACAAUAUACGGAUUGCACGUAACAUUAAAUUUCAUAAAAAUUAACGCAGACUUUUAAAGUUGCGUUUAAUAAAGAGUAUAAAGAAAUUAUAUAAAAGAAAAAUAAAGGCGCGAAAUUAUUAGUUACAUUAUAGGUGCGUUAUGCCGAAAAUAUAUUUAGACAAUUACAAUAAAAUAUAUAAAAUUUUUUUUUAAUGUCUAAUCUAGACAUUAAGAAUAUUUGUUUUGGAAUGGUACUAAAAGGUAUUGACAUACCAUUCCAACGACUGAAAUGCUGUGAGGUGUAUAAGUAUCGAUAUUGUAAAGACUACUUUUGAUUUAAGAGUUUUCCGCAGUCACGAAGCAGUUUGAUUUUCACAAAUUUUUAGUACAAAAUUCGAAAUGAAACUAUUUUAAUUUUUAUCACACUUGAUGAGUAAGAAAAUGAAUAAAGAAAAUAUUAUGGUCAAUAUGGUACAAACUCUGCGUUAGGGGAUCGCACUAUCAGCGUUAUUGUGUCAUUUUAACUUUAUUGUUUAUUAAACAUAAAACAAGGACAAAAUGACACAAUAGCGCUGAUAGCUCCCUGUACAUAAUCAUAGUUUUGUGUUUAUUUUAAUUUUGAUUGGUAUUAGAAUAUUAAAACAAUUCAAAAUAUAUUUAUAUAUUGAUAAUAUUUUAAAUAUCAUAGUCUUUAUUAAUGAGAAUAUGAGAAAGUAUGAUCCUUUUAUCUCGCUUAAUUGUUUAUAACCGCGUCGUGAUUUUGGAAAUCUUUCUUUCUUAUGAUGAACCUCGAUCGCUUUCUGCACGAUGAAAAUCGAUUGUUAUUUACUAUUCGACUAUUCGUCGCUUGUAAAUGUAAGAGGGCGAUUCAUGUGUCAUCAUGAGAUAUAUCGAUAUAAAGGGACCAUUGUAGAUACGAGUCAAUAAAAGUCAGAAAAGUCGAUUCGCAUGACGUCAUUAGUCUAUAUGCGAGAAUAAAAUAAUAUUGUAUUUUUG